UUUGGGGGGGGGGUUACAAAUAUGAAUAAGAUGCCGAAGAAGCAGCAGACGACAGAAUCUUGAGCAUGGAAUGCAAGAAAGAAAUAUUAUUGUUGAUUUAAACAUAAACAAGUCGUGUUGGUAAGAUCUGGAAGGCAGUUUUCUCAGUUUUCUGCAGCCCUACAAAACUGCCAUUUGGAAGGCAUCUGUGACUCGGUUUCUCUUUCUCUCGCGCGCCCGUGGGAGGGAGCGGUGCGUGAAAUCGGCGUGUGAAACAGCCGAGUGGCAGGGAGAGAAGAUUUGUGCUCUUGAUCCUGCCCGCCCGGCUGCCAGCUUCGCAUUCCUGGACUGUGCACGGACGACCACAGUGGUGCUGAAAUUUAGCAAAAUGGUGAGAAGAGAGGAUUGUCUUCUCCUGUUGUGGAUUGCAGCCUUUGCGCACCCUGCACAGGGUGAGGUUUUCUACGUCAGGGAGAACAGCAGGAGUCUGGAUCUUCCCUGCAGCUCCUCGCAUCUUAAGAGCACCAGUUGGAAAUACUCUUCAAAUGGGAACGAUUAUAGACUGAUUUUCACUAUCGACAAAUCCGGCAGCCAGCGCAAAGGACAUCAGUUUCCUGCACAAGGCCGAGCAAAACCAGGUGGGCGUGGCCUUCAGAUCAGCCCAGUCAAGAAGAACGACAGCGGGUGGUAUAUGUGUGAGCAGGAUCAAAAGCAACUUGUAACACACCGGCUGCUCAUCAUAGAGGUCUUCACUAAACCAGAAGGUCCAUUCCUACAAAACACCAAUGUGACCAUGCACUGCCAGGUCGGGGGCAGGACCUCGGAGAAACUGAAGUGGUUAUCGCCCAAUGGGGCAGAGGAAGGGGAGGGAACUGUGGAAAUCAGUAAAAUAAGCCCCGCCCACACUGGGAACUGGAAGUGUGAGAUUACUGAUGUGAAGAAAUAUGUGGAGACCCUCAACAUAGACGUGUUAGGUAUGAAUCCCCAGCCCCUGUCAAAACAAACAGCAAAGCAGGGAGACAAUGUUUUCCUGCCCUGUCUGCUCUCCUCCCCUUUAUCCUACACGUUUCGCUCCCUAAACUUCAUCAGAGGAGGGUGGAUGAAAGAUGAUAAGCCACUGCUGGAUCUGUACGUUCAGAUAGGAACACACAUGUCUUGGAAUGCCACAAUGUUCAAAGAAAUUGAAUACCCUAAAGUAAAUGACCUGAAAACAAACCUGUCUAUCUCUCUCAUAAAGGUGAAACCACAGCAGUCUGGAAUUUACAACUGUUAUUUGCGUUUCAAGGAGGGGACAAUAACGUCCACUAUUGUACUGAAGGUGGAAGGAGCUCCCGGAGGCACAGGAGACACUAGUCACUCAAAUACAGGCUCAGCUGAAUCUGUCUCAGUGUUUGGACUGAACAUGAAUCUUUGGGUUCUGGUGUCAAUUGCUAUUGGCUCAGUCGUCUUGAUUAUCCUGAUCAUCGUAGCCAUCAUCCUGUUAUUGAGGAAGAAGAGACUGAAGAAGAGGAUGAGAAAACGGAGAUCGCAGAGACAGCCACUGACCGCCCGUGACUACUGCCAGUGUAACCGCAACAACGUGAGCCGAAACGUGGGGAGACAGCGGGAGAAUGGAAACUCUCUGAAGCAACAGCUCCACUGAGCGAAGGCAGUGUGUGGUUUGUGUUUGUGUUUGUGUUUGUGUUUGUGCGUGUGUGCAUGUGAGUGAGCGAGAGUGAGACGAACAGGAACUGAGUGUGAGAGAGGCGAGUAGAGGAGAGAUGGCAGAGGGCAUAUGUGAUCAAGUGUGAAAAGAGUGUAUGAGAUAAGUGAUGAAGACAUGUCUGUAUGGAGAGCUCAGGCUGUGACUAUCGGAAUCCGAGCUAUCAGACUCAACGUUCAUACUCUCAUGGAAGUUCCUUUAGUUAUACUGUAUAUGCACAGGAUUGUUCUACAGUUUGGAAUUCUUGUAUAACAUACCCCUCUAUUUUAGACCAAGAUUUUACAGUGUUUGUAUGCAUUAUUCUGCUUUUACCCUGCUGUGCUGCUGCAAAUUCCUGUAUGGGUGCACUUUUUCUCCUCCCCAGUACACAGCUCUGAUGUCAGGCCAGUUGUGGAGAGCAGUUUGUACUGAAUUCAAUGAGCCGACGCCUACAGACAUGGUAACACUUUUUUGGGGGGUGCUAAUGGGUAAGAAAAAAAAAGGAUUGUAUAUAGGUGCUUGUGUGAAAGUGUGUGUAUGUGUGUUAAAGAGAGAUUCCAGCAUUGACAUUUGGAAUGUGCUUAUAUUUCAUCCAUAUAUUUCAAGUUGCUUAAAUGUAGUGCAUGAGGUAUUUCCUUAAUAUUUAGCUGAUUGUAUCAACCUUUUAAUAAAACAUUUGAACAGAAA